AUGGGAGGGUCUCCAUCAGUCUGUAAAAUUUCGGACGAGAGAUGUCGUUAUGUACAACAUUCUUUAAAGAGAGCAGCAAAGGACUGCGGGGACGACAUUGAUUGUUUUACAGGAGGGCGAUCAGAGGACAACAUUAACCCGGCAGCGGAGGAUUAUCCGUUUGAGAAUGUUGUUUUUGAAGGCGGAGGGUUUAAAACCUUAUCGUAUAUGGGGGUUAUAAAGGCAUUGGAGGAUGCUAACAUUUUGAUGCACCUUGAACGAUUUGCUGGAGCAAGCGCGGGUGCUUAUGUUGCAAUGCUUUUAGCCAUGGAAUGUUCCAAAGAAGAAAUAGAGAAGAUUAUCAUGAGAUACCCAGCGAAGUUAUAUGAGUCCUGCGCAUGCUGUAUGCCCUGUAACAUUCUGUCGUACUAUGGAUGGCAACCUUAUGAAAAUGAAUACAAUUUUAUGGGGAAAAUUAUUGAACAAAAACUGGGGAACAAAGACGCUACAUUCUUAGAUCUGUAUAUAAAGAAAAAGAAAGAACUAUGCGUUGUUAUCGCCAAUAUCAGCACCAAGGAGGAAGAAUAUAUGCACGUAAAAACCACCCCAAAUGUCCCACUGAGAGACGCCAUACGUAUGUCCUGUAGUUAUCCAGGAUUUUUUAGACCUGUUGUUUACCAUCAAAACGGAAUUGAUAGUUACAUGAUUGACGGUGGUCUUGUAUCCAAUUAUCCAAUCCACUGUUACGACGGGUGGUGGUUGUCGAUGGAAAAAGAAGACACGUUCUUCAACAAGUUGCAAGAGUUCUUUGAUACCCCCUACUUUGUCGGAAAAACAGAGAGAUUCAGAUCGCGGGAAAAAGACAGAAAUAAAACACUAGGAUUUGCGGUGUUUAGUAAUUCUGAGGACGAUGUAUUCAAGUCAUUUUUCGAACACGAUCGGAGAUAUGAAACAGUCAAAUAUCCUGAUACACCACUGGGCCGAAAAGCAAAGAAAACCCAACAGUUGAAGAAAGAAGAAAUAACUGUAAAAGAAGCUUUCAGACGCUUGAUACAAGCUAUGAGGAAGAGAAAUGUAAAUGAAAACGAUGCCAUCCAAAUACCGAUACUAAGGGAAAUUCUAAAUGACGAGAAGUUUACAAGACAACAUAGGGAGACGUUAUUUGGAAAAGGCGUGACGGUUGAAGAUAUUUUGAAAAGAUUUGAUACACAUAACAGUGGCUGGACAAAUGAAAAGUUUGCUAAACUCUUGGAAGGGAUAGGAUAUGAUAUACUACAUGGAAAGUUUCUCGGAGAGGGAAGCAACAUAGACGGCGUGAUAUCAUUUGGUUCAUCUGUACUCGGAACCAUUACUAGAACGUGUGAUAGAAUAUACUUCAAGGAGGAAGAUCUUGACAGGACUGUGGGAAUAAACACACAACAUAUAGACACAUUCUCAGCCAAUAUCAAGAAAGAGGACAAAGAAUUUAUUAUACAGAUAGCAUAUGAUACAACCAUGGACUUUUUGAAAAAGUACGCCAAACAAAGAAAGGGGAACAGAUACCCUGUAGCACCAGAAAGCAUGGCAACUUUAUAUCCCCAGGAGGAAGACCUGAGCGACAUAACGUACGCUCGUGUGGGAGAUCUGAAAUAG